GGCUAUGAGAUUACAGUUCAGGGGUUUUCUUCGGUUUGUAAAUUUUAUGGGGAUCUUUUACAAAACACCUAGGUCAGGGGAUUUUGUGAAAUUUACCCACGCUCGCGGAAUGAAAUCCAACUGUGAGUGUUUAUUCGAGUCCAAUUCGAUCCCGAAACCGAUCCUCAACCCGACUUUCCAUCGCCGGCGAUUCCGAGAAUCCGAGUCCACACCCAGACGCAAACCCCAGAACCCGAUGGAUUCGACUCGGAGACUACUGAACCUAAUCGAGCAGCUCCGCAUCUACAAACCUCAGCAAGAUGAAGACGACGGCAUCGCCGACGGCGAAGACGUUGGCGUGGACGAAUCCGCCGCGGGUCGGUUCGAACCCCUACCGGCCCGGUUCAGACCCAAGAAGGCCGCAGUCCUCAUCUGCCUCUUCGAGAACGAGCUCGGCCAGCUCAGAGUCAUCCUCACUAAGAGAUCCUCCACCCUCUCAACUCACGCUGGUGAGGUGUCGUUGCCAGGUGGCAAGGCGGAGGAGGGGGAUGAGGAUGACAAGGCGACGGCGUUGAGAGAAGCCAAGGAGGAGAUCGGAUUGGAUCCUUCUCUUGUUUGUGUUGUUGCUGUGCUUGAACCCUUUUUGUCUAAGCAUCUUCUCAGGGUUGUUCCUGUAAUUGGUAUACUUUCAGACAGAAAAGCUUUUACUCCUGUUGCAAACAGUUCAGAAGUAGAAACAGUGUUCGAUGCACCAUUAGAUAUGUUCCUCAAGAAUGAGAACCGGAGAUCAGAGGAACGAGAAUGGAUGGGAAAUAUGUUUCUUGUUCAUUUCUUUGAUUUUGAGGCUCAAAACAAGAAGUUUCUUAUAUGGGGUUUAACUGCAAGCAUAUUGAUUCGCGCUGCAUCGGUUGUUUACAAGCGGCCACCUUCAUUUCCUGAACAGAAACCAAAAUUUAAGAUCCCUCGAUUGUUACCUGAGAAUUGUCAGAUGCCAUGAUAUAAUGCUUUAUAUUUUAACGAGAAUAAAAAAGCUGUCACUGAUGGUAUUUUUCAAAAGAAUGUGGAUCACUACCAGAUGAAGCUGGUCUGCUGAGUAUUUUUAGCUUGGUAGGCUGCUAACUGUCAUAGUUGGGUAUUAUAUUCUGAAAAACUACUUUUAUUGGUGAAUAUGAUCAAGUUAGUUAUAAGUUUUUUAACC